CGCAAAACUAUCUUUGUACGAAGUACCUUUACAUGGCUUUCUGCCCGCUCUUGCCUCCCCAUGCUGUCCCCUGUUUCCCUCCUCUUCCAACAACAAAAUGCUGUUUCUUUCUAAUGGAGCCAUUGAAACUUAUGCCACUGCUUCGGGGUAUAAAAUAUCUGAAUCUCUUCUCUCUCAUUUUUUUUAGAUGUUUAUCUUAUUCCCUAUAUCGCGAUUUUAAGCAUUCCCCUUCUCCGUUUCCAUUAAAAUUUGGUUUCCUUCCACUUCCGUUGCAUUCCUUAUCCACCAUUCAUCAAUCCAGACAUUCGGUUCACCACUCUGCAUUGUUAAUUGCGAUCCUUCCAUCGGUUUAACCCCAUUAUAUUAGCAAUUUGCAAUUUUUGUUUUUCAAAAUUUGGGAUCUUUCCGGUGUACAAUCCUUUAUUUCUCCGCAAGAAAUUUUGCAACUUUUAAUAAAUGAUUGAUCUUCGGUUGAACUUUGAAAUGUCACAAUAACGUUUUAUUGAGGGCAGAGGGAGAGGAAAAUGAAGCUUCUAGUGCGAGUGAUUGAAGCGCGGAUCAUGCCGGGAAAUGACCAAAAUGGGCUCAGUGAUGCCUAUGUGAAAGUGCAGAUGGGGAAGCAGAAGUUCCGGACGAAGGUGGUGAAGAAAUGCGUGAACCCAUCAUGGUGUGAGGAAUUCGGGUUUCGGGUUGAAGAGUACAAGGAGGAAGAGCUGGUGGUUUCUGUUCUUGGAGAAGAUAAGUACUUCAAUGACGAUUUUGUGGGCCAGGUUAAGAUCAACAUUUCCCAGGUUCUUGAAGCUGAUGGGAAGUCCCUUGGAACUGCUUGGUACACUUUGCAUCCCAAGAAUAAAAAGGCUAAGAAUCGGGACUGUGGUAUAUAAGCUUCUUCUUCUUGUUCCUUGUAAUAAACGGUGAUUAAUUUAGAAUCAUUUCAAGUCACUAAUGAAGUAUAUAUGCAUCUACUAAGCUAAAAGUGGUGUAAAAAUCUAUGAUCUUUAUCAUUAAUCUAAUUUGUUUUUCCAGGCCAAAUUCUUCUCACGGUUUGUUUCUCUCAAAAUAAUUCGUUCGCCCCAGACAUGCAGGCCGGAGGUGAUCUUGUUCCCUUUCCAUCAAAGAAGCAUAGUGCGGAUGUUGCAGGAAAUGAAUGCGUUUCAAGGUCUUCCUUUGGCUCAUUCAAUUUCCCGUCCCCAACGAGGUUAGAAGAAGCCAGCUCAUUCAAAGAAGAAAAACCGAGUUCGCAGACCUUAGUUGGCCGGCUUUAUCAAAUGUUCAACAAGAACAGCGAUGAACUAGCUGCAACUUCUGCAAAAUGUCCAGAUGUUUCUGAAAAUCUCUGUACAUUGGAUAAUAAGGAGGAGGGUUCACAAGAGGAGCAGUCUUCAUCAUCACUCAGCUUUGAAGAAAUGAUGAGAAGCAUGGAGAUGAGGGAACAAGAGAGUGAAAUUCCAAGUAAAUUGCCAGGAGUAGCAGUAGACCGAGUUUUUGCAAUCGCACCACGUGAGCUCAACUUAAUCCUCUUCUCUCCCGACUCAACCUUCCUCAAAUCGUUAAUAGACACCCAAGGAUCCACCGAGUUGUGUGUAGGUCCUUGGAAGUUCGACAAUGGUGCUCAGAGUUUAAAAAGAGUAGUCUCUUUCAUUAAGGCGGCGAGUAAAUUGGUCAAAGCUUUGAAAACUACUGAGGAGCAAACUUAUCUGAAAGCUGACGGGAAGACAUACGCAGUAUCUUGCACAGUUACCACUCCGGACGCGCCGUACGGGAACACGUUUAGGACAGAACUGCUCUACUGCAUAACCUCAGGCCCGGAUCUGCCUACUGGAGAAGAAUCUUCGAGGUUGAUGGUUUCAUGGCGGAUGAACUUCUUACAAAGCACUAUGAUGAAAGGUUUGAUUGAAAACGGAGCACGACAAGGGGUGAAGGAGAAUUUCGAGCAAUUCUCAAGCUUAUUGUCUCAGAGUGUCAAACCUGUUGAUGAGGGGGAGAAGCAGGUGGAAUUAGGAUCUCUUCAGCUGGAACCACAAUCGGACACGAAACUGGCAUUUCAGUAUUUUGCUAAUUUCACUGUGGUUUCUACGUUUGUCAUGGGAUUGUAUGUAAUUUUCCACAUCUUAAUUGCCAGCCCUAGCACAAUACAGGGAUUAGAGUUUAUUGGGCUUGAUUUGCCGGAUUCAAUUGGGGAGUUGAUUGUUUCUGGAGUGUUAGUAUUGCAGGGUACUCGUGCACUGAAGCUGGUUUCAGGAUUUAUGCAGGCAAGAGUUCAAAGAGCCAAAGGUGGUGACCACGGAGUCAAAGCACAGGGAGAUGGUUGGCUAUUGACUGUUGCAUUGCUUGAAGGGAGUGAUCUGGUGGCAGUUGACUCGGGCGAUUGUUCUAAUCCAUAUGUGGUUUUUACUUGCAAUGGUAAAACUAGGGCGAGCUCAAUCAAGUUCCGAAGUUCAUAUCCUAAGUGGAAUGAAAUAUUUGAGUUUGAUGCAAUGGAGGAGCCGCCAUCUUUGCUGAAUGUUGAAGUUUUUGAUUUUGAUGGACCUUCCCAUGAAGCUACAUCUAUUGGACAUGCUGAAAUCAAUUUUGUUAAAACAAAAAUAUCAGAUCUGUCUGAUAUUUGGGUUACCCUUCAAGGCCAGUUUGCUCUAGCCUGCCAGUCUAAGUUGCAUUUGAGAAUUGUCUUGAAUAAUACAAAGGGUAGCAAUGUCGUCAAAGAUUAUUUGUCUAAGAUGGAGAAGGAAGUGGGAAAGAAGAUAAAAUUAAGGUCUCCCCAAACAAAUUCAGCAUUCCAAAAGCUUUUUCAUCUUCCACCAGAGGAGUUCCUUAUCAACGACUUCUCUUGUCAGUUGAAGCGUAAAAUGCCCCUUCAGGGUCGUCUCUUUCUCUCUGCAAGAAUAAUUGGAUUUCACGCAGAUCUGUUUGGACAUAAGACAAAAUUUUUCUUUCAUUGGGAAGAUAUUGAAGACAUUCAAGUCAUUCCAAAGACUUUAGCAUCAAUUGGCAGCCCUAUUGUUAUCAUGACUCUAAAGUCAGGCAAAGGUUUUGAUGCCAAACAUGGUGCAAAGACUCAAGAUGUAGAGGGCAGGCUUAAGUUCCAUUUUCAGUCCUUCGUAUCCUUCAGUAUGGCUCUUAGACUGAUCAUGGCACUGUGGAAGGCAAGAGCUUUGAGCCCAGAGGAAAAGGCACGAAUUGUUGAAGAAGAAUCCAAGGCUAAGAAUCUCCAGAUAAGUGACGAGGACUCUAUGGACAAAAACUUACAUGUGGAUGAUGAGACUGAAGGGAAACACAUACAAAGUGAAGAGACUGAUUUAUCCACGGGAGAUGAUGAUCUCACUAUGUAUAUCGCUUAUUCCUCUGUUCUUUCUAUUCCUACAGAUUUUUUCAUGGAGUUGUUUAGCGGGAACGAACUGGACAGAAGAGUAAUGGAGAGAGCAGGGUGUCUAAACUAUUCCUACAGCCCAUGGGAAUCAGAGAAGACAGAUGUUUACCAAAGACAACUUUAUUACAAAAUUGAUAAAUGGAUAUCACGCUACAAAGCAGAGGUCACAAGCACUCAACAGAAAUCCCGCCUUCCUGAUAAAAAUGGUUGGCUCAUCGAAGAGGUCUUGACAUUUCAUGGGGUUCCACUGGGCGACUAUUUUAAUCUUCAUCACAGGUAUCAAGUUGAGGAUGUCUCAUCAGGAACAACAGGGUGCAAUGUGCAGGUAUACUUUAGGGUGCAAUGGUCAAAAUACAUUAAACAUCAGAAAAGAAUCACCAAGAACAUCACUUCCAAUCUUCAAGAGCGGUUGUUGAUCAUGUUUAGUGCACUUGAGAAGGAGUAUCUCUCGGAACAAUAAUUGGACACGGUGAAACCACUAUUCAUCCACGACUACAACAACUGCCAGUGGGGUUUCUUAUCAACUGAAUCAUACUGCUUGUGAAGUGCCUUAGGUUGGCUUUCCAGAAACAGGCAUUCUCAGGGAGGAGUGCCUCUAUUCUCUCCCGACUGUGCAUCUCAGACGGGCGGUCCUCUAUUGAUGAGAUGGAAGUCUGAGUUGGAAAGAAUGCGGUCUAGGAUGGGAUCCAAAUAUAGGAUGGAAGAAACAUCAUGGCUGCCUUUUGGGAGAUGAAAAGAAGCCAAUUGAGCCACCUCCUUUUUUUGCAUCUCAGCCUAACCUUUUUUAACACAUGCAUCACCAGUCGUUUGGCAGCAAUGGAUACAAAUAUGCCCUUAGAGUUUAUUUUCAGUAGAACUACAUAGCACACUAUUCGACUCAAGUUAUAAAUAUAAAAGCAUUUCCUUCAA